ACUACGACUCCCAGGAAGCUCGGCGGCGGCGCUCGGCCCCCCCUGUCCGCUGCCGGAAGUGCGGACCAAGCUUCCGGCGGCGGCUCGGGGGUUGGGGGGCCGGGGUAGCGCUCCCUUCUCCGCGCCGGGACGACCCGGCGCGCGGCCGGCGCGGCGUGGGAAGCGGCCUCUGCUGCAUCCCUGCCCACCAUGGCCAAGCCAACAAGCAAAGAUUCAGGCUUGAAGGAGAAGUUCAGGAUUCUCUUGGGACUGGGAACCCCGAGGCCAAACCCCAGGUCUGCAGAGGGCAAACAGACGGAGUUUAUCAUCACCGCGGACAUCCUGAGAGAACUGAGCGUUGAAUGUGGUAUCAACAAUCGCAUCCGGGUGAUAGGGCAGAUCUGCGAAGUUGCAAAAACGAAGAAAUUUGAAGAGCAUGCAGUAGAGGCGCUGUGGAAGGCCGUGGCGGACCUGCUGCACCCGGAGCGGCCCCCGGAGGCCCGGCACGCGGUGCUGGCUCUGCUGAAGGCCAUAGUGCAGGGGCAGGGGGACCGCUUGGGCGUUCUCAGGGCCCUCUUCUUUAAGGUCAUCAAGGAUUACCCCUCUAAUGAAGACCUCCACGAGAGACUGGAAGUGUUCAAGGCCCUCACGGACAAUGGGAGACACAUCACCUACUUGGAAGAAGAACUGGCUGGGUUUGUCCUGCAGUGGAUGGACGUCGGCCUGUCCUCAGAAUUCCUGCUGGUACUUGUGAACUUGGUUAAAUUCAACAGCUGCUACCUGGAUGAAUACAUUGCAUCAAUGGUCCAUAUGAUCUGCCUGCUGUGUGUCCAGACCGUGUCAUCCGUGGACAUAGAGGUCUCCCUGCAGGUGCUGGAUGCCGUGGUCUGUUACAACUGCCUGCCGGCUGAGAGCCUCCCCUUGUUCAUCGUCACCCUCUGCCGUACCAUCAACGUCAAGGAGCUCUGUGAGCCUUGCUGGAAGCUGAUGCGUAACCUCCUGGGCACCCAUCUGGGCCACAGUGCCAUCUACAACAUGUGUCGUAUCAUGGAGGACAGAGCCUACAUGGAAGAUGCCCCGCUGCUGAGAGGGGCUGUGUUCUUUGUGGGCAUGGCUCUCUGGGGAGCACACCGACUCUACUCCCUCAAGAACUCCCCGACGUCCGUGCUGCCAUCGUUUUAUGAGGCCAUGACCUGUCCAAACGAGGUGGUGUCCUACGAAAUCGUCCUCUCUAUAACCAGACUCAUCAAGAAGUACCGGAGGGAGCUCCAGGCUGUGGCGUGGGACAUCCUGCUGAACAUCAUGGAGCGCCUGCUUCAGCAGCUCCAGAGCCUGGACAGCCCGGAGCUCAGAGCCAUCGUCCACGACCUGCUGACCACAGUGGAAGAGCUGUGUGACCAGAACGAGUUCCACGGCUCUCAGGAGAGAUACUUUGAGCUCGUUGAGCGAUGCGCAGACCAGAGGCCUGAGUCCUCCCUCUUAAACUUAAUAACCUACAGGGCGCAGUCAAUCCAUCCGGCGAAGGACGGCUGGAUUCACAACCUGCAGUUGCUGAUGGAGAGAUUCUUCAGGAAUGAAUCCCGCAGUGCCGUUCGCAUCAAGGUGCUGGAUGUCCUGUCCUUCGUGCUGCUCAUCAACAGGCAGUUCUAUGAGGAGGAGCUGAUCAGCUCAGUGGUCAUCUCCCAGCUCUCCCACGUCCCCGAGGACAAAGACCCCCAAGUCCGGAAACUGGCCACCCAGUUGCUGGUGGACCUGGCCGAAGGCUGUCAUACCCACCACUUCAACAGCCUGCUGGACAUUGUGGAAAAGGUGAUUGCCCGCUCCCUUUCUCCACCCCCUGAGCUGGAGGAGAGAGAUGUGGCGGCGUACUCAGCCUCCUUAGAGGAUGUGAAGACCGCCGUCUUGGGGCUCCUGGUCAUCCUUCAGACCAAGCUGUACGCCUUGCCUGCCAGCCAUGCGGUGCGUGUGUAUGAGACGCUCGUCAGCCACAUGGAGCUGCACUACAGGCACGACUAUGCCCUGCCCAUCGCAAGCAGCAUCCGGCUGCAGGCCUUCGACUUCCUGCUGUUGCUGAGGGCCGACUCGCUGCACCGCCUCGGCCUGCCCAGCAAGGAUGGGGCCGUGAGGUUCAGCCCUUACUGUGUCUGCGACGCCAUGGAGCCGGAGAGGGGCCCGGAGAAGAAGGCCAGUGGCCCCCUGUCGCCUCCCACCGGGCCGCCUGGCCCCGCGCCUGCAGGCCCCGCGGUGCGGCUCGGCUCUCUGCCCUACUCCCUGCUCUUCCGUGUCCUCCUGCAGUGCUUGAAGCAGGAGGCGGACUGGAAGGUGCUGAAGCUCGUGCUCAGCAAGCUGCCUGAGUCCCUGCGCUACAAGGUACUCAUCUUCACGUCUCCGUGCAGCGUCGACCAGCUGUCUUCCGCCCUCUGCUCCGUGCUUUCAGGUCCCAGAACCCUGGAGCGGCUUCGAGGCACCCCAGAAGGGUUCUCCAGAACUGACCUGCAUCUGGCUGUGGUUCCCGUGCUGACGGCGCUGAUCUCUUACCAUAAUUACUUGGACAAAACCAGACAGCGGGAGAUGGUGUACUGCCUGGAGCAAGGCCUGAUCUACCGCUGUGCUAGCCAGUGCGUCGUGGCGCUGGCCAUCUGUAGCGUGGAGAUGCCCGACAUCAUCAUCAAGGCGCUUCCCGUCCUGGUCGUGAAGCUCACGCACAUCUCAGCCACGGCCAGCAUGGCCAUUCCACUCCUCGAGUUCCUGUCAACUCUGGCCCGGCUGCCCCACCUCUACCGGAACUUCGCAGCUGAGCAGUACGCGAGUGUCUUUGCCAUUUCCCUGCCUUACACCAAUCCCUCCAAGUUUAAUCAGUACAUCGUGUGCCUGGCCCAUCACGUUAUAGCCAUGUGGUUCAUUAGAUGCCGCCUGCCCUUCCGGAAGGAUUUUGUUCCCUUUAUCACUAAGGGCCUGCGUUCCAACGUCCUCCUGCCCUUCGAUGACACCCCUGAGAAAGACAGCUUCAGAGCUCGAAGCACUAGUCUCAACGAGAGGCCCAAGAGUUUGAGGAUAGCCAGACCCCCCAAACAAGGCUUGAAUAACUCUCCACCCGUGAAAGAAUUCAAGGAGAGCCCUGCAGCCGAGGCCUUCCGGUGCCGCAGCAUCAGUGUGUCUGAACAUGUGGUCCGCAGCAGGAUCCAGACGUCCCUCACCAGCGCCAGCUUGGGGUCUGCAGACGAGAAUUCGAUGGCCCAGGCUGAUGACAACUUGAAAAAUCUCCACCUGGAGCUCACGGAAACAUGUCUGGACAUGAUGGCCAGAUAUGUGUUCUCCAACUUCACAGCGGUUCCCAAGAGGUCGCCUGUGGGCGAGUUCCUCUUGGCUGGCGGCAGGACCAAAACCUGGCUGGUUGGGAACAAGCUUGUUACCGUGACAACAAGCGUGGGGACUGGGACCCGGUCGCUGCUGGGCUUGGACUCAGGAGAGCUGCAGGGUGGCCCCGAGUCGAGCUCGGACCCUGGCACGCACGUGAGACAGACCAAGGAGGCGCCUGCCAAGCUGGAGUCCCAGGCUGGGCAGCAGGUGUGCCGCAGGGCCCGGGACCGGGUCCGCUCCAUGUCCGGGGGCCACGGCCUUCGUGUUGGUGCCCUGGACACUCCAGCCUCCCACUUCCCGGGUGGCCCCACCUCCCCGGGUGCACAGACAGCACUCGCCAGCAAGUCUGAGAGGGCAUCAGCUGGUACCCAGUUCCCAGUACAGGAGAAGACGAGCCUGGCAGCCUAUGUCCCCCUGCUGACCCAGGGCUGGGCAGAGAUCCUGGUCCGGAGGCCCACAGGGAACACCAGCUGGCUGAUGAGCCUGGAGAACCCACUCAGCCCCUUCUCCUCGGACAUCAACAACAUGCCCCUGCAGGAGCUGUCCAACGCGCUCAUGGCCGCUGAGCGCUUUAAGGAGCGUCGCGACACAGCUCUGUACAAGUCGCUGUCGGUGCCGGCGGCGGGCUCGGCCAAGCCCCCUCCGCCCCCGCGGUCUAACACGGUGGCCUCUUUCUCCUCCCUGUACCAGUCCAGUUGCCAAGCAAAGCUGCACAGGAGCAUUUCCUGGGCAGACUCGGCGGUGGUUCUGGAGGAGGGGAGCCCAAGCGAGACUCAUUUGUCCGCGGAGCCCAUGGAGUUGGAGGACUUUGAGGCGACGCUAGGCACAGACCGGCGCAGUGACCGCGCUGAGGCUUACAGCAGGUCAUCUUCAAGCUCCAGCCAAGAGGAGAAGUUCCCUGCAGAGGAGCUGGCGGCUCGAGGAAUCCCCAUCGAGCGGGCUGUCUCUUCUGAGGGUGCCCGGCCUUCUGUGGAGCUCUCCUUCCAGCCCUCCCAGCCCCUCAGCAAGUCCAGCUCCUCGCCUGAGCUGCAGACCCUGCAGGACAUACUUGGGGACCCUGGGGACAAGACUGAUGUUGGCCGGCUGAGCCCUGAGGCCAAGGCCCGGUCCCAGUCCGGGAUCCUGGACGGGGCAGGUGCCUCCUGGUCAGCCCCAGGCGAAGAGAGCCAGGGCCGGGGCCCCGCGCAGCCCGAGGGUUCCUUGCCUUCCAGCUGCCCCCGCUCCCCCAGUGGCUUGCGGCCCAGAGGCUACACCAUCUCUGAUUCGGCCCCAUCACGCAGAGGCAAGAGGGUAGAGAGGGACGCCUUCAAGAGCAGAGCUGGGGCCUCCAAUACUGAGAAGGUGCCAGGCAUCAAUCCCAGCUUUGUGUUCCUGCAGCUCUACCAUUCACCUUUCUUUGGUGACGAGUCCAACAAGCCCAUCCUUCUACCCAAUGAGCCUACAGUGACCUACCCGCGUGAGGAGAGCCCUCCUUGGAAGGGCAUCCGGCUGGGGCUGGUGGUAGGGCUGGUGGCAGGGGACGGCCUCCGCCCAAGCUCAGGCAGGGCUCUGUGGCUACAGUCCUUCGAGCGGUCAGUGCAGCUUCUCGACCAGAUUCCAUCCUACGACACGCACAAGAUUGCCGUCCUGUACGUGGGAGAAGGCCAGAGCGACAGUGAGCUGGCCAUCCUGUCCAACGAGCACGGCUCGUACAGGUACACGGAGUUCCUGACCGGCCUGGGCAAGCUCAUCGAGCUCAAGGACUGCCAGCCCGACAAGGUGUACCUGGGGGGUCUGGAUGUGUGUGGGGAGGACGGCCAGUUCACCUACUGCUGGCACGACGACAUCAUGCAAGCUGUCUUCCACAUUGCCACCCUGAUGCCCACCAAAGAUGUGGACAAGCACCGCUGUGACAAGAAGCGUCAUCUGGGCAACGACUUCGUGUCCAUUGUGUACAACGACUCCGGCGAGGACUUUAAACUGGGUACCAUCAGAGGCCAGUUCAAUUUCGUCCAUGUCAUCAUCACCCCCCUGGACUACGAGUGCAACCUGGUGACCCUGCAAUGCAGGAAAGACAUGGAGGGUCUCGUGGACACCAGCGUGGCCAAGAUCGUGUCAGACCGCAACUUGCCUUUUGUGGCCCGUCAGAUGGCUCUGCACGCAAAUAUGGCCUCACAGGUACAUCACAGCCGCUCCAACCCCACCGACAUCUACCCCUCCAAGUGGAUCGCCAGGCUCCGCCACAUCAAGCGGCUCCGCCACCGGAUCCGGGAGGAAGCUCACUACUCCAACCCCAGCCUACCCCUGAUGCAGAUGCACCCCCCGGGCCACGCCAAAGCCCCUGCUCAGGCGCCAGCAGAGCCCAUGCCCACAUAUGAGACGGGCCAGCGGAAGCGCCUCAUCUCCUCGGUGGAUGACUUCACGGAGUUCGUGUGAGGCUGCCCCUUGCGGACGUGUGCGCAUGAAAUAAAGCCGCAGUGCCUCCGGGCCCGCGUGGCUCACACAGAUGCAGUCAGCCAGCUGGUUUAUUUGACUUUGUCCAGUGGGGAUGGAAUCAAGGCUAUAGCUUGGGCAAGGUCCCCCUGCCCCCCCCCCCCCCCCAGCCGUGGUACGGGGCCUGUCUGGGCCACCCACGCCAUCACACACAGUCCUGUGCUCACCUGCCCCAGCCCCAAGAGCCAGCCCCCGGGGAGGGCUCUUUCCACCUGACCACCUUGUUCUUGCCCUCGUCCUGCUCCUCACCCAAACCUGGCACCAGCAGGUCUGGGCC